UUUGUUGUUUGCCCCUUUUUCUUUGUCAUCCCUUUCCCUUUUCCAACGAAUCUCUCAGAAUCAUAAAUUCAAAAAAAAAUAAAAUAAAAAAUAAAGAAGCCAAAUCUCACAACUGUCACCACUAACAUUGCAUUAACCCCAACUCAACCCUUCAUAUACAACACAUAUAUACACAUAAAUAUGCCCCAGAUCUGUUCUUUCAAGAAUUCACAAAAAAGACAUUUCCAAUCAUUAUUUGUGGUAUAUGUAAUGUGUGCUUGUAUAUGUAGAUCUUGAGCUGGAAAUUCAUAAUUGAGAGUGUGUUGGAUUGAGGGGAAAAGGGAAGGGGGGUUAUAUUUUUUUAAAAGGGGAAAAAAAUAAAAUGGUGUUUUGGGAAGGUUAUGUGAGUGAUGAAGUGAUGGGGACAUUUGCACCAAUAGUGGUGUAUUGGUUAUAUGCAGGGUUUUAUCAACUAUUGCCACCAAUGGAUAACUAUCGUCUUCAUACUAGGAAAGAAGAAGAUGACAAGAAUGUAGUUCCACUUGGUUCUGUUGUUAAAGGGGUUCUUCUUCAGCAGUUUUUUCAGGCCACUGUUGCCCACUUGCUCUUCUUGUUAACAUGUAAGGUAACUGUAUCAGAAAAUGUAGUCCAGCCCUCAAUUCCUGUUCAGAUUGUGCAGAUCAUUAUAGCGAUGCUGGUCAUGGAUACCUGGCAGUACUUUGUGCAUCGCUACAUGCAUCAGAACAAGUUUUUAUACCGCCAUGUUCACUCCCAGCAUCAUCGGUUGGUUGUGCCUUACGCGAUUGGUGCCCUUUAUAACCACCCACUUGAAGGUCUCCUCUUGGAUACCUUUGGUGGUGCUCUUUCAUUUCUUGUUGCCGGAAUGACUGCACGUACUGCUGUCAUCUUUUUCUGCUUUGCUGUGGUCAAAACGGUUGAUGAUCAUUGUGGACUCUGGCUGCCUGGUAAUAUCUUCCAUUUGUUUUUCCAAAAUAACACUGCUUACCAUGACAUUCAUCAUCAGCUCCAAGGCACAAAGUUCAAUUAUUCUCAGCCGUUCUUUCCAAUAUGGGACAAACUUCUUGGAACAUACAUGCCAUACAGACUUGUAAAAAGGCCUGAGGGUGGAUUUGAGGCGCGACUGAUGAAAGAUUAGUUGGUUUUUAUCAUUAGUCUCUGUAUGAAUCAACAUGUCUUUUGUAGGGAUAGCUACCAGUUGAGGUUGUUCACUCUAGCAGUUGACUUGGAAGGUCUACAUUCAUCAAGACUUGAAAGUGUGCUGCAGAAAGUAGAAAUGUUCAUUCCUUUCUUUUCAGUUGACCCUGUUUAUUCUUAAUUUUUGUCUAACCUCUUGAUGAUUUGUAAGCCUAUUGUUUCUGAGCUCUUACUUUGUGCAGUAUUACUUCAACUAUUGCAACUUGCUUAUACUUCAGCAGGUUGAUUUUGUAUUGGUAUUCGAGAGUUGUGAGUUACAAGAAAUCAAGAUCAUGUAAUUAAAAUUGUUAAAACUAUGUAGUGUAAAAUUUCAUGGUCUCUGGAGUUAUUUCAA